UUCAUGACAUGGCAUGGCCAUGUCCUUUCUUCCUCAUUUCUUUUUUUAAAAUAUAUUUUUUCUUUUUUAACAGAGGAUUUUAAUACAACAACAAAGACCCUUCUUUCAAGGACAAAAGAUAAAAACUCUUUUGCUGUCUACUCCUCUCUCUCUCUCUCUAAAAGAAUCGAAAAAACUCUCCUUGUUAAGCUAGGGUUUCUCCAAACUUCGCACUCAAAUUCUAAGCAACAAGCUGCAGAUCUCUUCAAAAUGAUUGUAUAUUCUUCUUGGUCGCUCAAUGUUCUUUGUUUUGAUACCAUUUUCUCUACUGGCCGUGAAGAAUCCAGGCUGGGUUGGUUUUAGAUUGUCUUAGCUGAUAGCUGAGUGAAAUAAAGUUUAAACUCAGCUGGAGCUUGUUUGUUUCAGUUAUUUGGGGUUAGUUUACUGUGUUUAGUACGUUAAGUUUAGUCUUUUGUUAACAUUUUGGCAUCUGGGUUUUGCUUUUUGAGGUAAUCUCUUCGCUUUUGUGGAUAUUUUGUGUUGCUUUUGAUGGGUUUUCUGGUGUUAGCAAUGGUUUUCACUGGUCACUGGCUUGUGAAUUUGGAAAUGACGAAACCCUAGAAAAAAUUUCAUUUUGUGGAUGGAUGUGGAUUAUCUUACCAUCUAACUCGAAGGUUUUGGAGUUACUCAUAACAUGGAGAGAACUAUUGUGGUCGAGGACAUUCGUCAGAGCAGCAGUUCUAAUAUUGUUGCCAAGUCUGUGGAAUCACCGAUAAAGAUUGACUCAAUAUCUAUAGAUCUCAUUGAUGCUAAUGAUGACAUUGAUACUGGGAAGUGUGAGCAUUUUUCUAUUCGUGGAUAUGCAUCUGAGAUGCGUAAAAAAGACUGGAAGAAAUGUUGGCCAUUUGCUUUAGAUGGUGGUCAGAAAAUAUCUGAAGAACAAAACUGUAAGCUUCCUCCUUUACUUGCUCCGAAGUUCAGAUGGUGGUGUUGCCAAACCUGUCUGCAGGAAAUUGGGCCUGAAGAAAGUGUAAAUGAAGAAAGAGCUGUUGCUAAUAAUGGUAGCGAAUUGAAAUCCUUUGGCACUUGCCCCCAUGUGUCAUCCCAUGGUGAUACUGCAAUGUGGUUAUCAGAUUUGCAGCAGGCUGCAAAGAUUAAUGCUGAAUCAAUACAACAUGAUGCUAAUGCUUGUGUGAAUGUCAAGACCAGUGACUGUCAUCCUUUAUUUAGUGAUAAAAGUGAAAAGAAAGCUGAAAUUGCUAAUUUACCAAUAAUUGGGCAAACAGAUGUCUUAGAAAAUAACAUUAAUAAGGAAAACCAUAUUUCAAAUUAUGCUGGAAUAGAAGUGAUUGCUAGCCUUAUGCAACAAACACUUCAUAUAGAUGAUAAAGUGGCUUCUAUGCAACAUCAAAAGCCUGAUUUAAAAGACAAUGAAAUAUCUGGUGUCAAGCUUCCUGAUUCAAAACUGAAGUGCACAGUUAAGGAUGCCACUGAAACACAUCAAACAGGAAAACAUGCUUCUGUUUGCGAUCAGCAGAUGGAGUUAGUGAAAGUUUGUGGAUCCUUUGGGAUAACCAGUAUGGUUAAUAGGGUUCAUGAUGCUACCAAGACUCAUAGAGCCGAACAUCCUUCCUUGGAAUUAGAUGAUUGUGAUUAUGCAUCAUCAGAAAGUGCCGAGGUAUUGCUUGGAACUACAUCUGGCAGCCUGCAUCGCAGAAAAACCCGUAAGGUGCGCCUGCUGACUGAAUUGUUGGGUAAAAAUGGUGAUGAAAAAACUGAUUUCAUGAGUACAGAAGAUUCUCCUUCCAAUGCCAUUCCUGAUGCAUCUAUUGCUCUAGAUUCAAUAUCUGCUCCCCAAGGUCAGGCCAGUUUGCAAGGAAAUGUUACAAGCAGUUUGGGUCAUAGUAGGAGAAGAAAGUUGCCUCAGGAUGAAGAAUGGAGACCUGGGGAACUGAGCUCUCCCAAUAACGGGCAUAAAAACCUUAGGACCUUCAACAGAGGCACUGAAACUGCCAAUGGAAUUGCUAGUUCUGAUUCUGAAGGUACAGUUAAUGGAGGUGGCUCACAAACUGGUGCAAAGAGCCAUUUGGUUAACCUUAAAGUUGAUAGAAGUCCUAUUUUAGGAAAGAAGAAAAACAAAAUGCCCCAGAAUUUUGAUGAAUGCUUGUCUUUGAGUCUGUCUCGAGAAAAUCUGCAGAAAGAAAGACAGAAAAAGCCUGGAGAUGCCAGUAAGAGCAAUGCAACUGAUAUUGUUCUGUACAAAUCAAAUGCUAUAUCUACAGGCAGUGGGUUGGAUCCCUUCCCUGAAUCUGCCCAAAAGGCAGAGAAAAAAUCUAGUUUAUCGAAGAAAAAGAGCAAGAUGCAUCAAGAUCAUGGUGGGCAUGCUUCUCCGAUUCCUUGGAACAAUGGCAUUUUCAGAGAUGGUCUGACUUCAAGGAAAGAUGUAGAAAUAAGACAAAUAGGGUCAAUUGCUGUUCCACUGAAAGUAAACCACGAUGCGUCAGCUGAAAAAGGACUUCAAUUUUCUCUUAAUAGUUGCUUGCCUGCUAAAAGAUGUGAUGGAAAAUAUAUUACUCCAAUCAGAGAUGGGCUACCAUCGAUAUUACCUUGGCAAGGGGGUGUUCUCAGUGAAGAUGAGAUUGGGAGGAAAGAUCCAAAGCUGGACUAUGUUGGAGACUCUAGUUUCCCAUCUAAAUCUGAACUAGAUGCCUAUCUUUGGAAGGAAAUGCAUGUUGACCUCAAUACUAACCGAACUAUGUACAGAAUUCCAUUCCUGAAUGACAAGCAAAAGCACAGCUCUCCUGCUGAAGUUAGGAGUUGUUCACUGAUUCAGCAAAUGGAUUACAGUGGUACAAGAAACAAUGGCAAAACAGUGGAGAUUCAGGAACAUUCAGCAGCUGCUAGGAAACAGUAUGAUCAACGAGCUGAAAUGUCAUCUGAGCAGGGAGUUUUAGAUGACAUCCCCAUGGAAAUUGUUGAACUCAUGGCAAAGAAUCAGUUCGAGAGGUGUCGUCCUGAUACUGAAAUUGAUAAUCAGCUAUCAGAAACAACCAAUAACACCAGAAAUCAUCAGAGGGUGGAUCAUAAUAAAGUAUUUGGAAAUGAAAAAAUGAGCCUGUUUCAUGAGACCACUCAAAAACCAAAACCUCGAGCUAAAAAUGGAAGAAUUGGCAAAAUUUUAAGAGGUGAUAAUGUGGGAUCCAGCAGACAAAAAUCAGUUGAUUAUUUCUCUCAUCUGGACCGAAACCAGUACAAUAUGAGCCAAUUGGAACAAAGUUAUUCCCCUGCAGGCUUUAGGCCUUUUCCUCUGUGUGGAGAGAAGCCAUUGAAUGGAAUCCAAUUUUCUGCCACGAAUUCCAGCAGGCAAAACAGUGCUCAAAAUUGCCAGUGGAUUGGGAACAUGGUUGGGCAGAGGUCCUCCCACGCUAGCAUGCAGACAUUGGGAGUUUGUAACACAUGCCAGAGUGCUCCACAACAGAAUAAAGAAGUAGCUCAUUUAUGGCCAUCUGUGAUAACAAAUAACAUGUCCUAUCUAUACGGCAUGCCUCAGAAGUGUGCAAAUCAGGUGGCAAAUGUAGAUGUGCUUUCUCAUUGCCCCAGCAAUCUGCCUAAGGGAAAUAUGAAUGGAAAUGAUGACAGGAACUUCUUAAAUCUGGCUUCAAACUUUGAAAAGCAUAGUAGGAAGUUUGAUCCUGAAGUCCUUCGAAGGACUCAUGCAGAUUACCCAUUUGCUUGCAAACAUAAUGGGAUGGGGUCAUUAGAUCUGUAUUCUAAUGAAACCAUACCAGCCAUGCAUUUACUCAGCCUUAUGGAUGCAGGGUUACCGUCAGGGGCACCAGUUGAUGUGGAUGGAAACCAAAGGUGCGUUAAGAAAACUUCCUUUGUUCAUGGUCAUCACUCUAAAGAGUUUGCAGGUCUGCCAUCUGGGGGACAUAGGACCAAUUCAAUGAAACAUCCAUCGUACGAUUGUUAUGGUAAAAACCACCUGCCUGAGAGUUUCUGUGAAUGUAUGUCAGCCACUCCAACAGUCGGUCCUUCUACUUCAUUCCAACAUGAUAAAAGGUUCAAGAAGGCAACUGAUUUUACAGGUCAAUUUUCACUGAAGUCUAGAGAGAAAGAGAAGAAAAAAUUCUCAGACUCACAACGACAGAAUAGAAACCGCCGAUCACAAAAACCCGCAUCUUUAAGUAGUGGCUUGAACAUAACUUGUGGAUCUAUUCCUGUACAUAGUAUGCCAAAAAUGGUGCUUGGCACUUCAGAUUUUAUGAUGCCUCCUCUACAGUUUCAUGCAAUGGAGAGUGCAACAAAACACAAACAGGAGGCUCAUACUAUGAGUGCCACUCUUUUCCAUCCCAAAAGUGGUUCAGAGAAUGAAAUCUGCAGCAUUAACAGAAACCCUGCUGAUUUUACUGUGCCUGAAGCAGGAAACAUGUACAUGAUUGGAGGUGAAGACCUGAAAUUUGGAAGGGAAGCUCCCUCAUCUGGCUUAAUAAAAUUGGUUGGGCACAAGCGUCAGAGGAAGCUGGCUGGUAGAAAAGAGCAAUCACGAAAUCGAACUUCAUGAAACUGUUAUCGUUAUAUAUGCUGCAGGCAAAAUCUGAAGUACCUACCUGGCUGCUGCAAAAAACGAAAAGCUUAAAAGCUUUAUGAAGUGUCAGACAUCAAACCAGUCACACAAGUUGAUUUUUUAUUCUCGAACUAAUAUUGUUCCAUUUGCACCGGCAUUUUUCCAUUUCCAAGAGAACAUGAAAAAAAUUGCUAGGUGCAAGGUAAGGCCUGUAAA